UUAGGCCCCUCCCCAUGUCCAUCUUUGCCCCGCCUCUCUGGUUGCAGUUAUCAGACAAGUCAGAGGAGGAGCCACCACGGAGAUAUUGAGAAGCUUGUCUAUCUGUCGUGCUGCGGGUUUGGACAGACCAGUGGACACUGAGUGGAAUAGGAGCAUCUGAUCUGUGCAGCCGGAGUCCUCUUUCUGUAUUUCUAGUACCAUACUAACAUUACCCCUUUUAAUAUUCUGAUCCAAUAAAAAUCACAAGGCUCUUUAUCAUAUCAAAUUAAUAUUUACUAAUUGUGUUUAUUAAAGCUACUUCUAUCCAAGCCAAAUGGAAGAGCCAGGCUCAGCCUCCCAUUUAUCUUCCCCAGCUCCAUCUUACACGUUUUCCUUUCUCUCUAACCUGUCCACUCCUUCUUCAUCUCCCUCAGUUUAUCCAUCCCCGAGUGUAGCCUCCACAGCUCUUUUUUGUUUCUUUCUAUCACUCCUUUCCCUUCUGGGCAUUCUGGGAAACCUCUACACUCUGGGGCUUCUAAUUCAGCGCCGCAGGGGCCCCAGAAGGAGACACAGUAUGGCACUAACCUGCUGUUUGACUCCCGCUUGCCCUAGAACCCUUUCUCCAUCUCACUCUCCUACUUCCUCCCCUACCUCGUCCUCCUUUUCUUCUUCUUCACUUCAUUUGCAGGUACUGAGUCUGGCUUUGGCAGAUCUGCUUUACCUCUCCACGGCACCUUUUAUCGUCUAUGACAGCCUGGCAUCUGACUGGGCCUUUGGUGAACUCGGCUGCCGCCUCCUACUCAGCUUGGACCUGCUCACCAUGCAUGCCAGCAUCUUCACAUUGACCGCAAUGAGUCUGGACCGAUACCGUGCUGUGGCAGAUCCACUUGCAGCCUCUUCAGCUCCUACCUCUGGCCUGCGACGUGUGGUUCUGGCAUGGGGCCUUGCUGUGGCACUCAGCCUCCCCAUGAUGAUCACUUUGCACCUGGAGGAUGGAGAAAAUCAGGAUGGCAAACUCUGUGUUCCAGCAUGGGAUGAGCAAAGCUCCAAAGCUUACCUCAGUGUCCUAUUCUGCACCAGUAUCCUAGGGCCAGGCCUGGCCAUCGGGGGUCUGUAUGCAGCACUGGGGCGUCACUACUGGGUUUCACAGACACAGUUGGCCUGGGCUGGUGGAUGUAGUGCCAACCCACCCCGUGCUCCUCGACCCAAAGUCCUGCUUCUCAUUCUUGGAAUUGUGCUUACAUUCUGGGCCUGUUUCCUGCCAUUCUGGAUCUGGCAGUUGCUACCACUCUAUCGACCUGACGUUCUACGUGUAGUACCAGUAGGCACACAGGUCACUGUUAACCGAAUCCUAACAGGACUAACAUAUGGGAACUCAUGUGUAAAUCCUUUUUUUUACACAUUACUGACAGGAAAGCGACAGCGGACCAGCAGGCAAGCAACAAGCACGACUGCUCCAUUCUUCCAAAAGGGAAGCUCUGUUCAUCAGUAA